UGUUGUCGAACAGCAGCAAGUUUGUUUGGUUAUGGUAGCAUAGAAAUCCCAAAGUUUUUUUAUAAUUGUGCUUUACUAAAUAUUAUUUUAGUAAUUUAAAUUAAUUGCUGAUAUUAGUGAAAUAUAAAUAAAAAAAAUUUGAAUUAUUUUAAAAUUAUUACGAGUCGAACGAACUAGAUUGCGAAACGCAAAUACUUGUGUUGUCUUGCCACUGGUCUCAACAUAGGAGCCAUUGAUAUUUGUGUUGAAAACUUGUGCGCGAUUUAAAAUUUUAAAUAAUUAUUUAUAACAACGAACGAAUUAACUGCUGAUGAUAUCGAACGCCAUUUUUAUUUUAAUAGACAAUUUCAAAUAAUUAUAUAUACAUAUAUAUAUUUAUUUAUUUAUUAACAAUAAAACAAGUGUUUGAGCAAUUUAUUUUUAUUUAUUAAUAAUAAUAAUAAUAAUAAUAAUAACAUUAAAAUGUGGAGACAAUCAGGAGCAAAGCAAUCAAUGGACAAGAAUGUUUCAGAUAACGAUAAAAAAGUUGGGGAGCAGGACUCGGGAACUGUCGACUCGGGUUUCCUUUCAUCUGGAAAUAUUAUUUUGAGUUCUUCCGAGCUCAGCGGUGAGCUUCUGAGCUCAUCUCUUUCGUCUUACAUCGACGAGAAAGAUACUGAGCUUGAAUGCGAAGGCCAAGAGGACGUUGACGCUCCGUUUUCAAAGUGUCAAGUUGCUGAUGACAAAUCAAUUCAAGUCGACAGUGGUCUUGAUCUCGGCAUCUGCGAAAGUUUGAGUAUGGAUUUGCAAAAGGUGUCUCUGAACCCGCUCCAGGGAAAGAGUCUGACACAAUCAGAGCCCGCACUGGAGCCCAUCGAGGACAAAGAAGAGGAUAACGACCAGAAAAAAUCAUUUCCGCCAAAGGUUCUUCAAUGGCAGCUGUACUACCAACAAAACAGCGAUGGUGAUACACAACUGCACGUGGCAAUUAUUUAUGGAGGCUUCGAGGAAGCUGCAUGGAAACUUAUUGAAAUGGCGCCAGAUUCCCGUCUCCUGGACAUUCUAAAUGACCAUGGACAGAGUCCAUUACACUUGGCCGUACUUACUAACCAAGUGAGAAUCACCAGACGAUUGAUUCUCGGAGGCGCAAAUCCAUCUGUCCGGGACAUUGAAGGCAAUACUCCACUUCACUUAGCCUGCAUAACGGGAGAUUUAUAUUCAGCUUACGCUCUGACGGACCCGCUCUCAAACUUCGAGCGUUCUCACCUGGGGCCAAAUUGCAAAAUUCCCGCUUUACCACAGGAUUUAGAACAACGUAACUAUAAAGGACAAAUGUGCAUCCAUAUCGCCGCGAAAAAUGAUCACGCAGACAUCAUGCGAUUGUUGCUACGACUUGGAGCAAAUCUCGAAGCAAGAGAAGGCUUAGGGGGAAAAACGGCGCUUCACAUUGCAAUUGAAUCCAACUGUCACUCUGUUUUAAAUUUUAUAUUGAAUGAGUGCAGGCCCUGUUUCGACACACCAAAUUACGCUGGAAUAACCGCGUAUCAAUUGGCUGCGUGUAUCAAUAUGCAAUUAGCAAAUAGGCUCGUACAGUUUGGUGCCAAUCCAAAGUACAAGCCUGACUCUGAUUCAGACAUAAGCGAUGAUUCGGAAAAUGACGAAGAAAUUUACGUCCCGGAGCUUCCAAGACAUAGACAUCAAGAUUGCGGUCUUACUGUAUAAGAAAAAAAAUAUCUACAUAUAUAUUGUAUUGAAGUAUUGACCGCGUGCACGAAAAUACUAAACUAUCAAACCAUCAGUGUGAGACGUAUAUAUACAUAAUGACACCGCCGCCAAAAAAGAGGGCCGGAACUUCUUGGAGACAUACGUAUACACAACAAAUUCAUUUUUAUAGUAGUAUACGUGUGCGCACAUGGACGAUAUAAUAUAAUGAUGAGUUCUUUUGUUAAAGUUGAUAAAAGGAUUUACAUUAUUGUAAAUUAUUAAUGACAUUUCGUGUUUUUGAGUACAUCGAUUACAUGAACGAUCUGCGUAUUACUGGAUUUAUUAUUCAAACAGUGAUCAUCUUUGGCGCCAUUGCCAUUUAGCAAAAAAUCGCUGUAUUUUUAAAGCAAACAAAAUAAUUGAAUUUGUUUUUUUACUGUCGAGCUGUUUUUUGUUUGCGUUUUAUCGCGCAGCGAUAAUAAAUAUUUUUUUUUUUGCUAUAUAUAUUCUUAACUGUGGAUAAAAGCAUUACUACUAUUAAUAGCCGUUUUUAUUAUUUUUUAAUAGAUUUAUUAAUUACUGUGAUUCAAAAAAAAACUUAUCAUAUUUCUUAAUAAUUAAAUCUAUUGUUCUUUGCGUAAUUGAGAGUAUUCGUUUGUUAUAUAUUUUAAUCUUAAUUAUUUUAUUUGUGAUAAUCUCCAGUAAUUGGGCACAUCCGUAUAAAAUUAUCGUGUGAUCAAGUACUGGGAAUUUUUGUUAUUAAAUGCUUUUAUCCUGCAAUAUGAGGAAUUUAAAAAAAAAAUAGUGAACAAAUGAUGAAAAUUGUUUUUUCCAUUAAAAUAUGCCGAUAUGAACUGUAAAAAUAACAUGGAAAUAUGUAAAAUAUUUAACUAUUAAUUUUAUGCCAAAACUAAUUUGUUUAACAACAAAUUUUUCCUUGUAAAUAAAUCCCUUAGACGAA